UCUCUUCCCUGUCAGCCCGAAACCCUCGGCUACAUCGUUCCCCUUCUACCGGUUUCGCCCGCCCAAAACCCUUCCCCUCUCCUGCCUGAAACGCUCGCCUAAGCAGAGUGUUUACUCCUUUAGAUCAAAUAUGAGUUCUAGGCCUGUUCCAAGAAGAGAGAGUCCUUGGGGUUUGCCUGAUGGGGAGACACGACAACCUCAAGCACAUAGAUGUAAUGAUCGCGCAGAGGAUGUUAUUCAGGCUUGUUUUGAAGGAAACCCUUUUAAAACUGUCCCGGGGCCUUUCAGGCUCUUUUGGCGAUGCAUGAAAUCAAAACCUGGGGAGGAACCAACUGAGCCUUUCUACUAUCUGCAGCUAGAUCCGCCAAGGAGGGAAGAAGUCAAACUAGAGUAACCAUACGAUAGAUUGGGUGUAGAAUGACUGAAAUCUCCAAAAGUUUUUGAGAUGCAAAUCGUUUUUUUGCAUCCUACACCAUUUGUAAUCCUUCAAAAACUGAACGUUUUCUGGAAGCUUUCAUCCCUCUGACUUGAUUAAACUGGUUAAUCUGUUUUUGCUUUCUUAAGCUUAAUAAUCAACAUGUGGUAGCCAUUUUUUCACAUCAAAGCUAUAAAU